AUCAGGUUCCUUGCGUUUUUCAUGCAUCUGCUUGUUCGUCUCUUCACUAUUGCAAAGCCAAGAGCGCAACGCAAUAUCUCCCCAUUACCACGAAAACCGCCAUGGACGCAAGCCAGCUCCAGGCCUUCUCCAGAGCCACUCUUCUCGGCCUGGUCCUCGCCUCCAUGGUGACCUUGGUGCCGCACGGCUUCUCCUGCCUCAGGAGCCUCCUCUCCUUGUCGCUCCCUUCCGCCGCUUCGGCGAUCGUCACGCCGAAGCAGUGUCUCUUCAUCUUCUCCAACAUCAUCGUCGUCUUCCUCGCCAGGGAGUCGAAGCUACUCUCGCAGAACGGUGCUCGAUCCUCCCUGGAUGACGAAAUAGAUUCCGUGGUGCGCGAGCUUGCGGUUUUCGAACCGUCGAUCAAAGAGAACCAUGCCGGUGCAGAAGAGACCGUGGGAGAAGAACGAGGAGUUGACGAAGCAGCUGUACUCAUGAGCACGCAGCAGCUGGAUCAGUGUGAAAAAACAUCGACUACUUUGGGUGUGAAGGAGAUGCCAGGAGAAGAGGGUGAAGAGGAGGCGUCGGAGCUGCCUGCUGACGAGCUGAACAGGAGAGUCGAAGACUUCAUCGCCAGGUUCAACAUGGAGAGGCAGCUCGAGGAGAGGACGAUGGUCGUGUGCUUCUAGCUGCUGAGGAGAGUAGCGCCUAUGCUUGAGUUUGUAAAGUUAUUAAGGUAUAUUUACCGAAGCUGGUUAAUGCACCUUAUCAAGUGUAAGCAAAAAAUGCAUGAAAUAAUUAUCAUGCUUUUGAUGUAUAUAUCAUUCCACGUUUGCUAUUAUGCAGCAACGUAAUCA